UCUUCCCUGCCCUACCCUGAGAUCAACUACCAAGAUGCCUUCUAUUCCUAUGCAAACCACAAUCUCGCCUCACGACCAGUCCGCAGUGUGCACUAGACCCCUGGUCAGCGAGGAGCAGCUUGAUGUCGUCAUCUCGGACGCCGUCAAGGCUCAAAAGUCGUGGAAGAGGGUGUCGAUAGACGAGAGGAUUCAGAUCGCCGAGAAAUGGAUGGUCGAAUUCGAACGUCUGAAGGAUGUUUUGUCGGAAGAGAUCACCGUGCAGAUGGGACGGCCCAUCUCUCAAGGACCCGGAGAGGUCGGCGGUGCUCUGUUUCGAGCCAAACACUUGAUCAGCAUCGCAAAGGACUGCCUGAAGGAUAUCCCCCAGACCGCCACCGACACGGAUGCUCUGAAACGGUACAUCAAGCGAGAGCCUUUGGGUGUCAUCGCCAUCGUUGCCCCGUGGAACUUCCCCUACCUAACAGUCGUCAAUUCACUCGUCCCCGCCAUCCUCGCCGGUAACUCGGUGAUCAUCAAGCCGUCCCCGCAGACCCCCUCAGCAGCCGAGAGGUUCAUGACCACCUUUGCCGCCGCCGGUCUGCCACAAAGCGUCAUCCAGGUCAUCCACGCUGACAUGCCUACGACUGCCAAGCUGGCGGCAGACGGCCGAGUGGGUUUCUUGUCCUUCACGGGAUCCGUAGCUGGAGGGACGAUCCUAGCCAAGGCUGCGGCCCAGGGUGAAGGGUUCAAGGGCGUCGGACUCGAACUCGGCGGGAAGGACCCGGCGUACGUGAGGUCGGAUGUGGAUGUCAAGUGGGCUGCUGCAGAGUUGGUGGAUGGUGCCAUGUACAACUCGGGACAAUCGUGCUGCUCCGUCGAACGGAUCUACGUGCACUCGUCGGUGUAUGACGAAUUCGUACAAGAAGUCGUCAAUGUCGCCAGCGCCUACAAACUCGGCGAUCCUCAGGACAAGAAUACCAACCUCGGACCUGUGGUCAGUCUGGCCAGUGCCGAGAGGAUCAGGAAGCAAGUCAAGGCGGCCAUCGAUGCCGGCGCGAAGAACUUGGUGGACGAGAGCAAGUUUGAGGCUGCCAAAGAGGGUACAACAUAUGUCGCUCCUGUCGUCUUGGUCGAUGUCAACCACGAGAUGGAGGUCAUGAUGGAAGAGACUUUCGGCCCUGUAGUUGGGAUCCAAAAAGUCGAUUCGGAUGAAGAGGCUUUGCAAUUGAUGAACGACUCGACUUAUGGUCUCACCGCUUCGGUGUGGACCAACAUCGAAAACCAGGAAUCCGCCGACGCGUUCAACAUGUUCUCUAGCGAGCUCGAAACGGGUACCGUCUUUUUGAACAGGUCCGACGCUCCGGACCCGGCCUUGUGCUGGACGGGUGUCAAGAACAGUGGACGUGGGGUCAGCCUAUCGACUUUCGGAUUCGAUCAGUUGACCAGAGCAAAGUCGGUCAACAUGAAGGUCAAGACGACCUAGUCCGCGACCGAGAUGAUCAGGGUUUAGACCUCCUCCUGUGUGACACAAGACAAGCGAUUCACAAAUAUGCAUGAUGCCCAUUCUGCUGUGACUAAACAAACGGCGAGUCGCGAGUGGAUUUUACAGUUCUUCUGCCUCGUCGGAUCAUAGUAUCUGCCUGAGACGCCGAAACGAGUACCAUGUGACUUCAUUGACCAGGUUCUGAUCUCGACGAGCCGCAGACUCAGGAUUGCACAAGAAUACAAAGAGGACCAGUUUUGAAGGAUCGUUACAUCAAGCUGUCCUAAGCUCCUAAGUCGGCCUCAGCCCCCCAUCUAUCAUCUAUUGGCAAGCCGCAGCCGAUCGCACGAUCGCACAAGAGCCGAAUAUUCCCGCUCUAGUGUCUCGUGCGUCGUGUUUCGUUUCAGAGUCAUCUUGGUAUUGCUUCUACCCUCUGGCCGACAACUACGGGAACUAAAGGAAGGGGGAGGGGGGAAGAGCAUAUCGAUAUGUGCGG